AUCAUUACAUGAACAUGUUUUGAUAACCCUGUGGAGGUUUAAGGAUACAUGCGUUUAUAACCGCAUAUGUUUUUAUUAACAUUAUAUGAACAUGUUUUGAUAAUCCUGUGGAGGUUUAAGGAUACAUGCGUUUAUAACCACAUAAGUUUUUAUCAUAUAGCAUAUACAAUAUGAGCACUCCAUCCUGCAAAUGUUAAAGGAUGAAUGCAUGAGCAAAAUGGUGCUUUUUAAAGGACAAGGAGCGGUACCCUUCCUACCCUGUCCAGCUCACAGUUUGUUUAGUGGAUUAAAAUGAAUGACAAAACAUCACACAAAACACAGUCUAUCUUUCUCCAUAGAGAAAGUUCACAUUGUUUCCAUGCACCAAUCCAGAUGUGCAUAGCAGCUGUUGCAAACAUCAACGUGAGAUGGACGAUUUGGGACCAGAUAUUCGGGAGUGUUUUCGACUUUACGGCCAGUACAAGUUCUGCCAAGAUGGCACGUGUAUACAUGCAAAUGACACCUGUCCAGAUAUCACCACGGAGGCUGUACGGACCGGAAGCGGGGCGGGGAUCUCUAUGGCGGUCGUGGUAACGAUUUCAUCCUUAUGCGUGUGCCUCGCCGUGGCCGCCAUGUUUGUGGUCUUCUUCGCCAGAAGAACCGGAAGUCACCGAACCAAGGAGUCAAACUCAGCGACUGAACCAUUACGGAAGUGUUACAUUUCGGAAUCCUCGGAUAGCCGAGAUGACAGCGACCGAUUUCCGGCACGGGCUAAAACUUACUACCGGAAGUGUGAAUCUUCAGGAGAAAUUAGCAGUGGCUAUUUUAUCUAUAAUCCAGAACCAGAGAGAAAUGACUUCGUUGCAACUGAGAAUGAAAAUCAUCAGGCUUUCAAUGUGUUCAAACGCAACAGCGAUGACAAUGGUAUUCAAAAGGAAAAUUUCAUUUGGGAAAAUGCGGAAAUAAAUGACCCUGACCGCAAUGAACUAUCACCUGAACUUAUCGGUUUGGGGAAGUAUACUUUCAAACCUAGAUUAAAGUAUACCAACUGCAAUGAAAUUCUAUUCACUGACAAGCAUGAGAAAGACAAAUUAUAUGUUAUAAACAGUUACAAACAUUGCUCUGGGAAAAGUAUUAAUCCUGGAAAUUUGACUUUUGACACUGAUCCUAAAAAGUUCUCCUGCAAAUUUGCAAACGAUGUUCUGUGUUCUUCUACUCCAAGACAGGGUUCUAAGCACAUGUCAUUACCAACCAUGAACACUCCCUCCAUAGACAGCUUAAUUACAGAUGUUAAUGUAUAGUCCAAGGUGCUAGGCUUAUGUCAUUGUCUGGCAUGAAAACUCUUUUAUAAAGAGCGCAAUCACAGAUGCUAUAGUCUAGUCCAAGAUGCUUGCCAUAAGUCAUUGCCGACCACGAACACUUAUCUAAUGGAUAGCUUGAUUACAUGCCAUUGCCAACACAAUCAAUCCUAUAUGGACAGCAUAAUUACAGAUGUUAAUGUAUAAUGCAAGUGCUAGACACAUGUUAUUGUCAGCCAUUAACAUGUUUUAAUGGACAGCUUUAUUACAGAUGUUCAAUUCCAGACCAAGGUGCCAGGCAUAUGUCAUUUGCCAAAUAAAAGCACUCAUUUAAUGUACAACUAAAUUACUGAUGUUAAUAUAUCGUGCAAGAUGUUAGACAAAUGUCAUUGUUAACCAUGAACUUUUAAUGGACAACUUGAUUACAGAUGUUCAAGUCCAGACUUAGGUGCUAGACAUAAGUCAUUGCCAACAAUGAACACUCAUGCCAUGGACAGUUUAAUUACAUGUUGAGGUCUAGUCCAAGGCGCAAGGAAUGUGCCAUUGCCAAACAUGAACAAUGACGCAUGGUUGUAUUCAUUUUCAACAAUUACUUGAAAUUUCUUCUGCUGAUAUGCCUGGUAAACAAAACGGGAGUUCACAAGAAGAUUUGAAAACAAUAAUCUAUUGAGCAGUUUUGUAAGAGUGGUCUAGUAGUACAGGUUGCGACCUCUCAACCAAGAGAUUGUGUGUUUGAUCCUACCAUGGUGAGAGUGGUGAAGUGGUAUAGGUGUUGACUUUCAACAAAGACCUUGACAAUAGGAAGUGUAAAAAUGCGGUCAUCAUGAACUUCAAGUAAUUCAUUAUUAUUUACGCUACUGGAACAGUAGUUAUGAUUUUAUAUUUGUAGCGAGCUCCACCAUAGCAAUUUUCUG